AUGGUCCAGAUGUGUUGGCCAAUGUCAUGCACGUGGCUUCCACCAAGCUUUCUCAGACUUGCGGAAGUGUUGCCGGAGACUCCUCAAGGCUGCCGUGCUACCCGUCUCGCAGAUGUUCUGGGUCUGGAUGCUGGUAACGCAGCCGACGAAGAACAAGUUCAGGGAGCCGGCGACAUGGGAAGCGGACCGACAGGGACUGGUGAGACUGAACGUCUGGCGCCACAAGGCACAAGCGAGAAGUCCGAUGGUACCACGGUACUGUACAGUUGA